UGUGCUCACGUAACUGAUGAUCAAAUCUUCUCUCACAUCGAGUUGGGUUAUGUUCUGCGAUGGAGUUCUUUAGAGACAUCUCUGAUGCGACACGUGAUCUGAAUCUACCGGAGUCUCCGCAGCCGUUCGCUGGAUCGACGCUUGUUAUGCCUUCAGUGUCUGUGGGGAACGUGGGUCAGCUUACAGUGGACUUGCUCCUUGAAACGCUGCUACAGAAGCAGCAGCAGCAGCAGCAACAACAGGGCCAGGGAGGCUAUAGCAUCGCGCGGGCUGGGUGGUUGGAGGAGCCCAAUGUGCUGCCAUGUGCAGGAAACGACCCAUACAGUGUGGGAGGCAAAGGAGGAGGAGGAAAGGGACAGAGUGCAUCGGGCAGCUUGACAACAGCCAUGGAAGUUUAUCACGCAGUGCCAAAAUCAGAUUCAGCAUCCUCGUCAUCCGCUGAUGCCAUCACUGUCAUCCAACAAAGAGCACCAGUGGCACUGGGCAAGAUGGAGGAAUUCUCGUGCAACCUAGCCACCUGGGCUGCAUCACAAGCAUUUUCCCGCGUGGUGGUUCUCUCUGGAGCCGAUGCACAGAGGAGGCAGCCUUCGCAGAUUGACGGGGACCAGUUCCGUUUCCUGCUCAUCGAUCCAGCUCUACCUCUGCCCUCCUCUUCUCCCUCAUCCUCCUUGCCUGAGCCAACUCCUUCGGGAUCUGCAUCUUUCAACACAUCUCUUCUUCACUCCCUUGGCUGGCGCCCGUUAGAGAGCUGCGAUCCCUUUGGUGGCCUACCCUCCGCUUCCUCCGUGCCUGCUCCACUUGCUGGUGGCCCUGGGUCGAGCACAGGGGAGAGAGGGAAUGAAGGCCACAUGGAGCACGAGCAAGUAGAGGCAGCUAUGACAGGGGAAGAGGGAGAAGAGGACCCAGGGCCUUUGAGGGGUGGUGAGUGGGGCCCCGAACAAGGAUUGAAGUGGAAAGCUGCGUUUCUGCGCAUCUGCAUAGCACUGAAGGAUGUGAACAUCCCCUCUAUUGCACUCCUUGUGUUUUGCUCCGAGGGAGACAACGUGCCAGAUGCUUUCCACCUAGCUGAGCGCCUCACUCCACUUCUGCCAACAUCCCUACUCGGAGCUUCUGAUCCGUCGAUCACAGAGCUUUCUGAAAACAUGGAUGGUAUGCGCGUUGAUGGGCAAAGUGGACCCACUACCCAUUGGUGUGUCCCCCCUUCUUGGGGGCACCUGUUUGGACCACCUCCAGAUGAUGCACUGUACUGCUAGCUGCAAAAUCCAUGCCAUUUUGGACGUCUCUUUCAACAGCUCACGUAGCCGUUGUAAAAUCUGAAUCAUGUAGCUUAUUUUCCUAUGAUAGUCGUUGAAGAGUUUAUCAUUGACAGCCCUCCAAAUC